AUGUGCUCCGAUUUCUUGGCCGAUAUUAACAACAAUCACGCAAAAGAAUGUCGAAUGGACUGGGGACCCGAGUUCGUGAGCGGUAUAAAGGCCAUCGCAGCUCUUGGUCGGCUCCUCCUCGUGACACACUCAGAGUUUGAUGUAUCGGCCCUCGAGAUCCCCGGCAGCUACGACAGUAGUAGCAGGCUACUUACAAUUGGCGAAAAAGUCCGGAGUUGUUCAAGAUUGUAUCAAGAAGCGUUUGCCAAAUCCGAACAAAGCCAGGCCAAGCUUUCUGGCACUUCUUGGGAGCUGGCAUCUUCUCGCGGUUCGCUUCAUCGUGUAACAGAGCUGUUUCGCAAAGACAAUCCAAUCGUGGCAUACUCCUCCUUUCGAGAUGAAUGGGACCGAGUACAUCGAUACCUCUGCGACGUUCACCCGCACGCGAGUGCAUGUUCCGAAUCUUGGUCUUGCCUGCUCUUUUUUAUCCAAGAAUUUGAAACGCUUAUCAAUAAUAUGACUACUGAUAAUAAGAAGCUUACUAUCACCUUGAGUGGAAAGUUAGAAAAGGCCAAAGCAGAAAUUAAAACACGUCGAUACGACAUUAACCCAGAGUCCUCGUAUGAAAAGGAUAGCCAAGGAUUUGACUUCACAUAUGCCAUCCCACUCUUGAUUGCAGCUUUAACUGUACUGCUCCUCUCUGGCAUUCUUUUAAGAGCCAUUAUCUUAUCUUGCAUGUUCUUAUGUGCACUUCUCGUCCUUCGGGAAGGGAUGGAGCAUUCGAGUCACCAAGCGACAUUAGUUGACGACGACGGAGAUCAAACCCGCGACCUCGAAAUCGAAAUAGAACGUUUAACUCAGAAGCACAAGCUUAGCACCACCAUAGGUCAGACGUGCCAAGAAAUGAGCAGCUCACUAGCCUCUGCGAUAGGCGGAGUGCGAGAGAUUCACGACUCCUACAGAGCUAUAUCUGAGAGGCUCCAAAGCAUGAAUGAGGAUAAGAUCGACCGCUUUAGAAAAGUCAUGAAUAGGAUCUCCUACAUCAUUAGUUGGGACGAGUCCUACAAUGCCAACCGCACGACCGAUCAUCGGCUACGGGAAUCAAAAGAUGUGACGGAAUUACGUGAACUUGUCGUCGAGCUGCGCCUGACGUUCUACAUCAUAUUUGAGUGGUCUUCGCUUUACACACGAAUCUCACAAGAUAUAUUCACCGCAGCGCUACGUGAAGUUCAAUCCUUCAGCUCCCUAGCUACAUUGAUCGGUGGCAUCGAUUUGUCGAGUGACAGAUUCAAACUGCGGCCUGCUCAACAAGGACAAUGGACUCAACGACAAACUUCAUAUGCACCAACGGCCCAAGAUGCAUUGACGCUAAAUCAGGUAGCAGGGCGCGCUGAGAUGGAGCUCAACAAACUACAUCGUGAGGUAAACCUCUCGUUUGAGGUCGGCUCUAGAACACAUAGCGCUAACGCAAUGCGACCGACUAGGCCCAAGAAAGCGCGAUGA